CAAUGGCCGCUCGAUAAAGUUUGGGGUCGGGACCGCGAAAGAAACUUUUCUGGGCUUGGGCCGCGCGUUCCCCGCUCCCGGACCGGACUGCAACGACUGACCGACGCUGCCGUCUCUUUGCGGCCCUUCGAUGCGCCCGUGGCUUAGGCGUAGUGCCCGUAGUUUGUCGCUACUCAGCCGACGGGGCUGGUGAUGGAUGCGGACUCAGCGAGCUGAGCUCUGGCUAAGUUCCGCGUGUUCCCGCCGCCCUUUGUGCCCGCCACCACGCCGUCCACCCGACUCUUUGUAACCGGCACCGAGGGCUGAGCUCCCCCCCUUAACUUUUGCCCCGGUACCUGCAGCUCGGCUUCACCAUGUCUCGGUUCCCGUUCCCCGUCUCGUUCUGUGUCCUGGCGUUCAAUCUGUUCUGUCUCCCCGCUCGGCCUGAGCUCCAGGCGCCGAGUUGCUCCGAGGUGAUGAGAGCUUCCAGCCCGCGGGAACUCAGCGGCGGCCCCUCCGGGGAGGUGACGGGUGACCAGCUGAAGGUCUGCUCACAGCUCUACACUUGCUGUACGUCUGACAUGGAGGACAAACUCAACCUGCAAAGCCAACAAGAGUUUAGCAAAACAGUUUUGGAGACCUGCAAUACCCUGCACUCAACCUUCGCCUCUAGAUAUAAGAAAUUUGAUGAAUUUUUCAAGGAGUUAUUGGAUAAUGCUGAGAAAUCCUUGAAUGAAAUGUUUGUACAUACUUAUGGCCAGGUUUAUAAGAAAAACUCUGACGUGUUCCAGGACCUGUUUAAGGAGCUGAAGAAGUACUAUCUGGCUGGAAAUCUAAACCUGGAAGACAUGUUGAAUGACUUUUGGGCUCGUCUCCUAGAGCGGAUGUUUCGGUUGAUGAAUCCUCAGUACCAUUUCACAGAAGAGUACUUGGAUUGUAUUAGUAAAUAUACAGAACAGCUGAAGCCAUUUGGAGAUGUGCCCCGCAAACUGAAGCUUCAAGUGACCAGGGCAUUUAUUGCUGCUCGAACAUUUGCACAAGGCCUUCGAGUUGCAAGAGAUGUAGUGAGCAAAGUAUCCAUAGUCAAUCCAACAAGAGAGUGUGCUGAUGCGUUGUUGAAGAUGACAUAUUGUCCACGUUGCCGUGGGUUACUUGCAGUUAAACCAUGCAACAACUACUGUCUCAACGUCAUGAAGGGUUGUUUGGCCAAUCAGGCAGAUCUGGAUAUAGAGUGGAACAAUUUUAUUGAUUCAAUGCUGAUGGUUGCUGAGAGAUUGGAGGGACCGUUCAACAUUGAAGCAGUCAUGGACCCCAUUGAUGUUAAGAUUUCUGAUGCAAUCAUGAACAUGCAGGAGAACAGUAUGCUGAUCUCUCAAAAGGCAUUUCAGGGCUGUGGAAAACCCAAGUCUCUACCAGUGAGCCGUUUGACUCGAUCUGUAGCAGAUGGGUUUAAUCCAAGAUUUCGCCCCUACAGUCCAGAGGAGCGUCCUACAACAGCAGCUGGCACAAGCCUUGACAGACUGGUGACAGAUGUGAAAGAAAAAUUAAAGAAUGCAAAGAAGUUCUGGUCAGCCCUUCCAUACAGUAUGUGCAGCCACAAUGGCUCAGCAGGAGUGGUUGAGCAAGAUGAAUGUUGGAAUGGUAGUAACAGCAGCAGGUACAAUUUUCCAGUGACAGGUAAUGGCCUUGCUAACCAGCUCAAUAACCCGGCCGUUAAAGUGGAUAUUACCAAACCAGACAUGGUGAUUCGGAGGGAGAUAAUGGUGUUGCGAAUAAUGACUAAUAAAAUAAAAAAUGCCUAUCACGGAAAUGAUGCAACAUUCCAAGAUGCAGGUGACGAAGGUAGUGGUGAAGAAAGCGGCAGUGGCUGCUUUGGGUUUGAUUGCCACCUGGAAUUUGAGUUCACCAGCACUGAUAUUCCUCAGUUUGCUGCCCCCAUAGAGCCGAGGAAAAUACUUCCCAAUAACUCUGCUUGCAGCAGUGACCCCUCUCGGUUAAUUCUGUUAGUUAGCUGUUUGGUUAUAAUCUUACUCCUGAGGUUAAGAUAAUCAUGCAAGGUUACAAGAAAGCCUCACAAAAUGGCUUUUUUAAAAUGAAGAACUAUUCUCAUUUAUGCCAGCUGAUGACAACAAUCAAUUACAAACUUCUCUUAAAAUUUCAUCAGUGAUGUUUGUUGCUUCAAUUGCCAUCACUUUAUCUGUGUCAUCGUGUUCAAUCACACAGUCCACUAGGCUUCCAAUCUAUAGAUAUGUGAACUCUAACUUAGUAAGUCUUUAAGGCAUUUUUUAUUUGCUUUUUACCUAUUUAAAGAAACAAGGUUGUGUGCAGGAAAAUACAUAGCAACUUUCAUUUAAUAAUGUGGUUAAGUAUCUGUACAGAAGCAAACUUAUUUAUCUCGAAAUCACUUGGGUAUUGAUGCACAAAUGUAUUGGUUAUGUUGUCAAGUUAAUAUCUGCUAGAUACCUGGUAUAAUUUUAGGGAGGUAGUUAUAUCCAGUUGCACAGCAAUUAGAGCCGUGCUUGUUGAGCCUUUUCACAAAGAAACUUGUUGGCUCUGGAAUUUUUUCAAACAAUUGUAAGGAAGCUACAACACAGCCACCAGAAUUGACUCCAAUGUUAACAGAACUUGAUGUUAAAGUCACUGGAUUUUGUUUUGAGAGAGCUGAAUCUGGAAAUUAAAUUUCAAAAUUGCUAAUUUGUUAAUUCGUCCUUGAGUUAAACUUGUCAGCAGCCUGAGCAGCUUCCUACGGUUUGACAGUCAGUAAAUCAUCAUACUGACAUUGUUUCUAUAUAAUAAAAUCUGAAGGCAAUAUUUCACCUAUAUACAUUUCAGUUUUCAUUGUAAUAUUAAUUACAUUUUAUAUCAAAAUUUUCAACUACUUGUAAUCGCUAACUCAGGGUCAGUACAUUACUUUUAGAAAUUCAAAGUAAAAAUCUGAAUGAUACACCUUUUCUGUUUAGAAAUCAUCGGGGCUCUCCUUUAUCUACAGUCUACCAGUUAAAGUAGUGCUCUUUUGUGAGAUAGUAUAUUGUAUAAAGCAGAGCCACAGUUGAGAGCAGAAUGUGUUGUGUAAGGUUUUGUGUUCCUUAGAUCAUAUAGAAAUUAGUUUUGGCUUUCUGUAAGGGAAAGAAUUGUCUGAAAUAUCCACUCAUUAGCUGAAAUUCAGCUGGAACACCAGCAAAGUGACGGCAUCGUUCUGCGGGACAGAUAGCUGCAAACAUCUUUUGUUCAUGUCAAGCUUGUAAAUUUUGCUUUUGGUCAUCUUGUAAACCUCAUAACCCAAUAAUUAUAUUUUAAAAUACACAUAGCUGUACUGAUUGUCAGUUUUGUUUUCAUUUUGAUUUUAAGUGCAAAGUACGAAGUGCUUUGGUGUGUUGAAAAAUAUUAAUGAAGAUUGUUGCUUUAUUCAUGGUCGAGCACCUGUACAGUGGGAAUAUCAGUAUGGAAUGCGGCUAAUUAGGUAAAUGUGUAAUAACAAAUUUGAGUAUUUGAGUCAUUGUAUUGAAACCACAGAACUUCUUGAAUACAAUGUUGUAAUCUACAGUUAUAUUCACUGAAAAUGGGAUUUAACAUUUCAAACAUUAAAACUGGUUUUAUUUAUGUAACCGCACUGAAGUAAUGACAUUGAGCAUGUA